AUGACAACGCUAACAGAGGAGCGAAUCGUCCUGAACAGGAAGAAGAAGUUUGGGAUUUCUGGGUCAAGAGACUUUAACAGUAACUUUGAUUUUGGAGAGCGAGACACUCUGAACCCUGAUGAUGACUGGGCGAUGGCCGACGUCAUCAAACAGCUGAAGAAGAAGAGAGUUGUGACGACCCUGGAUCAGAAAAUUGAGAAAAUCAGGAAGAAGAGAAAAGCUGAGGAGAAAUCAUCUCAGACUGACGCUGAUGAAGGUCCUGCAGUGAAAAACCAGGAUGAUGAGGAGGAAGUUCAGGCUGAGAGAGGUGAAGAUAAUGAUGAAGAAGAGGAUGAGGAAAAAGAUGAUGAUGAGGAGGGGAAAGAAGAUGAUGAAGAUGAAUUUGACUCGAGUGAUGAGGAAAUUCUAACCAAAUCAGACACCUUGAGAGAGAAAGAAAAACGUGGGAGGAAGAGGAAGGCUGGAAUGGAGGCCGCAGAGUCGUACUCCGAAGACGCGUCUCAGUAUGAUGAUCAGCUGACGUUUGAUAAUAUGAACCUAUCCAGACCCAUCCUGAAGGCCAUCACAGCUUUGGGCUUCAAGCUCCCGACUCCCAUUCAGAAAGCCUGUGUUCCUGUCGGCUUACUGGGCAGAGACCUCUGUGCCUGUGCUGCUACUGGGACAGGGAAGACAGCUGCUUUCAUGCUGCCAGUGCUGGAGCGUUUGGUUUACAAGCCGAGGACGUCCCAGGUGACCCGGGUCUUGGUUCUUGUUCCGACGAGGGAGUUGGGUAUCCAGGUUCACUCUGUGGCUCGUCAACUGGCCCAGUUCACCUCCAUCACCACCUGCCUGACUGUUGGUGGUUUGGACCUGAAGUCUCAGGAGGCGGCUUUGAGGGCGGGGCCAGAUGUCCUGAUUGCUACACCUGGUCGACUGAUCGAUCACCUCCACAACACGCCGAGCUUUGAGCUCUCUCACAUUGAGAUCCUGAUCCUGGACGAGGCUGACAGGAUGUUGGACGAGUACUUUGAAGAACAGAUGAAGGAGAUCAUCAGGUUGUGUUCCUACAACAGACAGACCAUGUUGUUCUCUGCCACCAUGACGGACGAGGUGAAAGACCUGGCAGCGGUUUCGUUGAAGGAGCCAAUCAGGAUCUUUGUUAACAGCAAUACUGAUGUGGCCCCGUUCCUACGACAGGAGUUUGUCAGAAUCCGACCAAACAGAGAGGGCGACCGAGAGGCUGUGGUGUCCGCUCUUCUGACCCGGACGUUCCAGGAUCAUGUGAUGGUGUUCACUCAGACGAGGAAACAGGCUCAUAGACUUCACAUCCUGCUGGGUCUGAUGGGACUGAAUGUCGGAGAACUGCACGGAGAACUGAGCCAGAGCCAGAGGCUGGAGAACCUCAGGCGUUUUAAAGAUGAACAGAUCGAUAUCUUGGUGGCGACAGAUGUUGCAGCCAGAGGUUUGGACAUUGGUGGAGUGAAAACGGUGAUAAACUUCACCAUGCCCUCCACAGUCAAACAUUACGUCCACCGUGUUGGUCGAACGGCGAGAGCCGGUCGCUCUGGACGUUCCGUGUCUCUGGUCGGAGAGUCUGAGAGGAAGAUGUUGAAGGAAGUGGUGAAAUCAGCCAAGAACAGCGUGAAAGCUCGAGUCCUGCCACCAGAGGUGAUCCUGAAGUUCAGAGAUUUGAUCUCGAAAAUUGAAAAAGACGUUGGAGCUGUGAUGAAGCUGGAGAGAGAAGAGAGAGAGCUGGCUGCAUCUGAGGCCAAGUUGAGUGUUGCUCAGAAACGUCUCAAUGGCUCCGCCCCUUCCUGCCAAUCCCAGAGAGUUUGGUUUCAAACUGAACAAGAGAGAAAACAGAAUCGUGUGUCUAAAGCUCUGCAGGAGUUCGACAUUGCCCUCAGAGGAAAAAAGAAGAGACAGAAGUUUCUGAAAGACGGAAAGAAGAAAGUACUGACGGUAGCAGCCAAUCAGAAACCUGGAAAAGCAGGCAGGAAGUCGGCCUUUGAUAAAGAACUGACCAACACCAGCGGAAAGACUCUGAAACACUACAGAGCUGGACCGUCCUUUGAGGACAGGAAGCGGUUGGGCUUGGACAGGAAGCGUUCUGGUGCCUCCAGGUACAAGAAGAAGAAGUGACACACAAGAUGGCCGCCUCAUCGCUCUAUUCUCACUGUGUAAAUCGUUUCCUGUUUAUUAAAGAACUUUCAAAAAAGC